CACCAUGUCCGACCUCUACCGUUCUGCUAUGAGCGCACGUAUAGCAAAACUGCCAGAAAUUCCUCACGUCGGAGCUGAUGAAGACGAGGAGUCUGCUGAUUCCCUUGGAUCUCUUCCUGGAAGCGGGCUGGGGCCUCCAGCGUUGCCGGCCCAUACGCGUAGGAAUAAACAGAAACGUGCUCCGAAUCCAGAAUUUUCACCUAUCUCAGCGUCUACUUUCUUUGUCGAUGCCGCCCAAGUGGAGGUACCAUCAAGAAAUCUGGAUUGUCGCGUAUAUUAUACACCGCCAAAAUUCGCAAAUGGGACAGUGAUGGUGUGCCACCACGGUGCUGGCUACUCUGGUUUGAGUUUUGCGUGCUUUGCCAAAGAGGUAUCCGAUAUCACCAAAAACGAAUGUGGUGUCCUGGCCUUGGAUGCUCGACGGCAUGGGAAGACGACUACCUCUCAGAAGGAUGAUGAUCUAUCCAUAGAUAUUCUUGUGGAAGACUUUAUCCAGGUCAUCAAGACCGUGUUCCCGGAGCCCCAGAAGGCGCCUACGUUACUGUUAGUCGGCCAUAGCAUGGGAGGUUCCGUCGUUGUUCGCGCCUGCCCUGUAUUCUUGGGCCUGAAGUAUAGAGUUACUGGUGUUGCAGUAAUUGAUGUCGUUGAAGGUUCUGCUCUUGAUGCUCUUCCACAUAUGAACAGCCUCUUGAAUGCGCGGCCCGAUGGGUUCGACAGUCCUGAGGAAGCGAUUGAGUGGCACGUUAAUACAAAGGCCAUACGAAAUCCCAAAUCGGCGAGAGUGUCGAUACCCAUGAUCGUCAAGCCCUCCGAAUCUAAUUCUCCCCUUGUGCCAAAAUACAUAUGGCGUACUCCCCUAAGGUCGACGGCGCCUUAUUGGAGAAGCUGGUUUGAAGGCCUUUCUAGCAAAUUUCUGGCAGCCCGGACUGCUCGACUUCUCGUCCUCGCAGGAACAGACCGUUUAGACAAGGAGCUCAUGAUCGGCCAGAUGCAAGGCAAAUUUCAGCUUAUGGUCGUACCAGGCGUCGGUCAUAUGCUCCAGGAGGAUGAUCCCACGGGCACAGCCAAGAUUUUGAUUGAUUUUUGGAGGAGAAACGAGCGGUUGGUUGCUGGCAUCAAGAAGGUUGGCGAAGCAUAAU